GCUAGGGCAGGGCUUCCGUUACGUACAGUCCACGUAGAGUGUUCUUGAAGAAAACGCAUCUAACAUCGUUUAAUCUACCGGAAUUUGAAGAGUUAAACCAUUUUUAUAAACGCAAACAUGAAACACAUUGCCCACCGUUAUUUUUAUCUCCUUUUGUUGGUUGUUGCAACGACUGCAAGGUCGACAGAGUCUAACUCUAAAACCAAUUCAAUUGAUGAACAAACGGGACGAUCGUCAAGUAAUGGAAUAUUUGCAGAACUACGCUCGGUCUAUCAGGUGUACAAGGAUUGUUCGGGAGAUGAACUUAGCGCUUGUUUGAAACUCAAACUACUCUCCUCCAUGGACCGAGUCGCUAGGAGUACUCAGCUUAAUAUUGCUGAGGGUGUUACGAUUGUCAAGGAUGAUAACUCUCAGGAUAAAUUUGAAGAAGCUCCUAAAACUCCUCAAGAAAUUGAAGCUUCACUUCCACGAUCUCUUGAAGAUAAAGAGGAUGCUCUCAACACUAUGAUUUUUGAUAAAAUCGUCCGGUUCUUUCAGAGUCAUACCUUGAAGCUGAAACUUCCCAACGUUGAAGAAUUAUCACGAAGUCUUACUGAAGAAGGUCGUGGUAAGAAGAAGAAAAACAUGGGAGGACUUUUGGCAAUCCCUCUCCUUAUUGGAGGAACUCUAGUACCUUUAGCCUUGGGUGCUCUUGCUCUUUUGGCUGGAAAAGCUCUUAUUAUAAGUAAAUUAGCUUUGGUUCUUUCGACAAUAAUUGGAUUGAAGAAGCUUGUUUCCGGUCAUGAGCAUGGACAUGAGGUUGUUCAAGUUGGUCAUGGUGGUAGUGGAUGGGCGAGAUCAGCUCAAGAUCUUGCUUACUCUGCUUACAAGCCAGCUUCCUCUUAAAUAGGAAGUUCAUGAGCAACAUCAACAUUCAUCAGUGUCUUAUCUUUUCUUUAUCUUUUUUCUUUCAUUAAUUAACUUGGACGAAUUUAUUCAAAUCCGUCCAUCGCACUGUGAUUCAUUUUUCUGUCAUCAUAAUUAAGGAGACAUCAUUAGCACAACUAUUCAUCAUUAUUUAAUGGCUUUUGAUUGAUAAUGUUAAAAUUUUAUUUAAACUUUUCUACUUUCUGUCUGUCUACUUUCAAUGUCAUUUACACAAUUGUUAUCAUCCAGUAUUUAUUUAAACACAAAGUAGGAAUUAAGUUGGCGUUUUUAACGCAAUCACAAGAAAAUAAGAAUGUAU